AUGUCGAUAGACCAAUAUUCUAUAAUAGUUGGAAUAGAUUUCGGCACAACGGCGAGUUCGUUUGCUUAUUGUCAUACGUCCAACAUCGAUCAAGAAGUAGUAAUAAAUAGUGCGUGGCCGGGGCAAGCGCUAGGUGUUUUUAAGACCAAUACGGUACUACUGUAUGAUAGCAAGUCAUGGGAUGUCAUUGCUUGGGGAGCAAAUGCUGUCGUUCGUAAAUUCGACAAGAAGAAAAAGAAAAUGGCAAACGAUACCUCAAACGGUGGGCCAGCGAUAACUGUCGGUCUGUUCAAACUUCAUUUAGCUGAUAUAAGAGAAGAAGACAAACCUCCAUUGCCCAUGGGUUUGGAUUAUAGGAAGUGUAUUGUGGAUUAUCUUUCCGAGAUGAGAAAGGUUAUAAGAACGACCCUUGAUACAAGAUGGCCAGGUAUCGACUUCUAUCGAAAUGUCAAAUUUAUUAUCACGGUUCCUCUAAAUUUUUCGGAAAAAUCCAGAACGAUAUUGCGCGAAUGUGCUCUGAAUGCUGGACUAUUGGAAUUUCUAACUUCACCUAGCUUGGAAUUUGUGACCGAACCCGAUGCUGCGGCAACUCAUUGCAUUUCUUCUGUAAGACAAUUGCAAGCUGAAGAGAAUAUCAUGGUUGUAGAUUGUGGUGGGGGUGUAAUAGAUAUAACGAUUCGCAAGCUUACCACUGAUGGUAAAUUAGCUGAGAUCAUCAAAUACACUAGCGAAUUUGGUGGCAGCAUCUUUGUUGACAAAGGUUUUAUUCGAUUCCUUUGUGAACGGUUUGGAUUAUUCGAAGCAUUGCAACAGGUUCAAAUGUAUCAUUAUGAUCAAUUGCAGUAUCUCAUUUACGAAUUCAGUCAAAGAGUCAAAUUAUCAUUUACUGGGGAUCCAUCAACAUUCAAGUCAGUCGAAUUAGACCUGGAAGAUUGUUGUCCUGCACUUUUAAAUUAUGUCACAGGUGAUGUCAAAAAACAAAUGGAGAAAUCGGAAUGGCUGAUAGGGUUAGGAUAUGAAGACGUCAAGGUCAUGUUUGAUCCGGUCAUUCAACGCAUCAUCCAAAUGAUAGGAGGUCACAUGACAUUUCCUAAUGUAAAGUGUGCUGCCUUGUUCCUCGUUGGAGGAUUCAGCGAAUCUUUGUACUUCCAAAGGCAAGUGAGAGAAGCAUUUCAACUGUAUGUUCCGAUCAUAGAAAUUCCCAAACAACCUACGAAUGCGAUAUUAAGGGGAGCGAUUCAGCAUGUAUUAGGUAUGCGUACAAUUCGAUCAAGAAUAUUAAGAUACACCUACGGAGUUCAAGUCACAGCUAAAUGGAAAAAAGGCGAUCCGCCACAACGAAAAACGCAAGAUGGUCUCAUGUACGUUUUUCACACGUUGGUGAAACGCGGGACCGAAGUUAAGGUGGAUCAAAUGUUUGGAUAUGUUGCAAGACCAUCAGGAUCACACCAAAUAGAUAUGACGUUCGAUAUUUAUGCAUCGCCGAACACGGACGUGAGAUUUUGUGACGAGCCCGGGAACCGUUACCUAGGGACUCUAAAGGUUGAUUUGUCUGACAUUAAACAUGGCGGUAAAAAGCUUGUAGAAUUUUCUUUAGUUUUUGGGCUAACAAAAAUAAAGGCAAUUGCAAAGGACCAAAAAACCGGACGGGUUUAUCACGCAUCAUUAAAUCUAGAUUUUUAG